UAACUGCGGUUAAGACAAGGCAUGAAGAAGAAAAAGAGGGUGGAGUCUUUGUAAACUUUCUUUCUAUGAUAUCUUUCACACACUCUCUUAGCUCUGCAGCCUGCAACUCUGGCUGGGAUUUCGCCGUCUUCUACGUCCACUUGGCCUCUCUCUCUCUGAUAAAGUGUCCAGAUUUUCUCUCCUACUGGUUCUCUUUCCUCGUGCUCAGUCACUGACUCUUAGAUUGCACUUUUGGUAAAGUUGUAUCAAUUUUUUUUUUUUAAAACUUUCACAUGUUUAUUGCAGGUGGAACUUGAUUUUCCCAAAACUUAGUGUCUAUUGUCUCAAAGCUUAAAUGAGUUUUACAGAAAAUUCCAAGCAGAUUAUUGGGUCUUGAGGAUUCUGGCUGUUUUCUUUGGAUUACAUGGUUUUUCCCGUAAAUUUUUAAAGGGUGUUUGGUUGAAAUUAUUGAUUAAUGAAGAAAGUAUAAUCUGGGUUUUCUAGCCUUUUUAUUUAAUGAUUAGAAAAGUGGAAAAGAAUGAGUUUUUAAAGCCGAAGGAGCUUAAUUUGGAAGAUUUUGGGAUCUUUGGUUGCCAUAAAGAAUUGGUUUGACUAGCACUUUACUUAUUUUACUAAUCUUCUUUUUCUAUUUUAACUUACUGAUAAGGACUUUAUAGUAUUUAAAGAAAGAUUUUAUUCUGUAAAUUUUAACUGUAAAAGAAACACCAUUUUUUUUCCCAUAUAAAGUACAACUGAGAUUGUCUCAUAGCGGGGUUUUGGCCUGGCUUUCAUAUCUCUAUGAGUUUCUUUCUUUAUUCCGGUUCUUUGAACUAUUCAAUCAGAGUCGAGAGUACUUUUUUUGGAAGCUAACGAUAAUGAACAAGUGCUUUGAUCUUUGGAGGCAUUUCUGAGUUAGCAAGAAGUGAUUUUUCCAACGCUUUCACCAUGCCUUUAUCCGAGCUAUAUCGCUUAGCUAGAAGGAGGGUUGAUACAAAUCAGGAUUUUCCACCCGCUAAUGAUGUUUGUGAGCUAAUAUGGGAGAAUGGUCAGAUUGCAACACAAGGUCAGUCCAGUAGAACUAGAAAGGACCCAACUUAUAACAGCUUACCUUCUCACUAUUUACCAUCUUAUACCCAAAAAUCUCGAGACAAAGAUGUAGGAAAUGGCACAACUUCUAAGACAGGAAAAUUUGGAACUGUGGACACUGUACUUAAUGAAAUUCCAAUGUCGGUAUCAUCCAAUGAAGUGGGUUUGAGUCACGAUGAUGACGUGAUGCCCUGGUUGAAUUAUCCAAUUGAUGGAUCUUUGCAACAUGAAUAUUGUUCUGAUUUAUUGCCGGAGUUAUCUGGUGUAACUGUUAAUGACAUUACCAAGAGUAACAAUUUUGUAUCAAAUGAUAAAAGUAGUUGUAACCUGCUAUAUAGGGACUCAAAUGGCAAUUCUGUAGGUUAUGGUAGCAGUUUAGAUCAAAGGCACGGGUCUAAGGUUCCUUCAGUAGUUGGUGCUAAUGUUUUAAGACCUAGAACUGGUACUACUUUGUAUCCAUCAUCAUCAUCCCAGGAAUGCCAAGCAUCCUUUCCAUCUUUUAGAUCAAGGGGAGUGGAUGCAAUUGCUGACAACACAAGUAGUGCUGCCCGCCACAGUGUUUGUGGUGAUUCAGCUCGCAUUCCAUCUCCUGGUAGUAUUCCUAGCCAAAAAAUGCAGAAGAAAGAUCCUAUACCACCUACUAAUAGCUCCAUUGUAAUUAAUUUCUCUCAUUUCUCCCGACCUGCUGCUCUUGUAAAGACUAAUCAUCAGAACACCAGUACAACAGCAGACUCUAAUGUAUCAAACAUGGAGAGUUUGCCAAAUAAGGAUAAAAGUUCUGCUGCAAAUAGUAACAGUCCUCCUAAGCCCGCACUAAUGGAUUCAACUAGUAGUUUAAGGAAGGAAGCAAGUACACAUUGCCAGAUAAAGGCUUCUGGUAUUGACUUGAAACCUUCGGAGGCUAGGCCUCUUGAGGAGCCAUGUGCUGCUAAAGAUACGAUGGCUGUUUGCCCAGAAGAUGCCUCUAAGAAUGAUUUAAACUUUAAUCAAAUUCCCUGUGAAAGUGCAACUCGUGCUCCUCCGGAUGGUGAAAAGAAUACAGAGCCUGUAGUUGCUUCUUCUUCUGUUUGCUCAGGAAAUAGUAUGGAGAGAGCUUCAGAUGAUCCAACACAUGCUUUGAAGAGGAAAUUCCGUGACAUCGAGGAUUCUGAAUGCCAUAGUGAAGAUGUUGACGAAGAAUCAGUGGGUGUUAAAAAGACUGCUCAUCCUCGAGGUUCGGGGUCCAAGAGAAGCAGGGCGGCAGAAGUGCAUAAUUUAUCUGAAAGGCGUCGAAGGGAUAGAAUCAACGAGAAGAUGCGGGCCUUACAAGAACUCAUACCAAAUUGCAAUAAGGUGGACAAAGCUUCAAUGCUUGAUGAAGCUAUUGAGUAUUUAAAGACACUUCAACUUCAAGUACAGAUUAUGUCGAUGGGGGCAGGUUUGUGUAUGCCACCAAUGAUGUUACCGCCGGGUAUGCAACAUAUGCACGCACCCCAUAUGGCGCAUUUCUCACCAAUGGGUAUUGGAAUGGGAAUGGGUAUGGGCAUGGGUUUUGGGAUGGGUAUGCCCGACAUCAAUGGAGCAUCAUCUGGUUAUCCUAUGAUUCAAGUUCCCCCUAUGCACGCAGCACAUUAUCCUGGCCCACCUAUUCCUGGGCACUCUGCUGGCAUGCAUGGGAUGACAGGUCCUAACCUUCAGGUGUUUGGGAUGCCUGGUCAAGGACUUUCCAUGCCAAUGCAACGUGCACCCUUAGUUUCCAUGAUGGGAGGGCCCUUUAUGAAGUCUUCUGUGGGAUUAAAUGCCUGUGGGGUCAACGGGUCUGUCGAAAAUAUGGAGUCAGCUCGCUCAUAUACCGCUAAGGAUCCAGUGCAGAACAUGAGCACUCAAGUGGUGCAGAACAUCAGUGCCAGUAGCUCCAUGAAUCAGACAUCUACUCAGUGUCAAGCCACAAAUGUGGGAUUCAAACAGCCUGCUUUGGUGCAGAGUAAUGUUCAAGCAUCAGACGUAAAUGGCAGCAAAGUUCCUGACUCUGCUAACAGAAACGAGGUCGGGUCCUAGCAAGAAAUGACAAUCAGCUCUGAUAUUUUCUGAUUUUAGGAGAUGAACCCAUUUUGCAGCUUCUUAUUUUUCUUGCUCGUGAUUUUGAAUGAUCACAAAAAUUCAGCUGAGUACCAGUUUAAUAAGUUAAAACUCAAGGGUCAAUGAGUUUGAGCAUGUACAAUAAUUUCAGGAGGGUACAAAUUUUGUUAUCCUGACAAAACUUGCAACUUUUUCUUUUUUCAUUUUGUAAAUUCAACUAGUGACCUGUGUUGUUAAUUUAAUGCAACAGUUCCAUAUACCGGUAUUAUCAAAUAUGUAUUCAAGUUUGUGUUUCAGAGCUUCCAUAA